AUGCUGUCAACAUCCACCUCACAUCCCACGCUCAUGAAAGAGCAUUCCAAGUAUGUCAUUAUCCAUCUUGAUAUUGACUGUUUUUAUGCCCAAUGUGAAGAAGUUGAAAAUCCAAGUUAUCGGGACGUUCCUCUCGGAAUUCAACAAAAUCAAACAAUAUCGACUGUGAAUUACUGUGCUCGUCUUCGAUAUGGUGUUCCGAAAAUGACUCGUGUGAGUAAGGCAAAGGAAAUUUGUCCCCAACUAGUGAUUAUUCCAGCACGAAUGGAAAUUUAUAGGGAAAUGAGUCGAAAGAUUUUUGAAGAAUGCAUCGCCGAGAAGAUUUAUCAUCAAUUUCAUGGCGAAUGUGUUCUUGAAAUUUGUGGAGUCGAUGAAGCCUAUGUAGAUGUGAGUGAUGAGGUGAAAUGGAGAUUACAACAUGUUGGUGACGAACAACAACUAUCUUCAUCAUCAAAGGAAUCAUUGAACGAUGAAAGAGAGGACCAUGAAAAAUCAAUGAAACAUUCAAAUCGAAUCGAUCCCAACCAAUGCAUGGGAACAAAAAUUGCACUCUCGCCCAAGAGUCAAGAUGUCUCUCUCAAUAUUGGAUCACAAAUCGCUCAGGAGAUUCGAGAAGAGGUGUUUCAGAGACUGGGAUUUACGUUGAGUGCAGGAAUUUCACAUUCGAAAUUUCUUUCCAAACAAGCUUCGAAAAAGAAGAAACCAAAUGGACAAGCCACUAUUUAUUCAGAAUCGUUCAAUGAUGAAAUCAAUCCUUUAGAUAUUUCUAUAAUUCCGAAUAUUGGAUAUCAAACAAGAGAAAAACUUGUUCAACAGUUUCACAUUCUCUCAAUUCAAGAAUUUCGUGGACUUUCUUAUCUCAACAUUCGAAAAUGUUUUAAUUCAGACAAACUUGCCUCUCAAUCGCUCAACAUUGCAAAUGGAAAAUAUGAUGAGGAUUAUGAUCGAGUGGUUUCGAGAGGACCAGUAAAGUCAAUUGGUUCUGAACUGACGUUUCUUCCCAUUCACAAUUCCUAUGAAGAGGUGGAUCAAAAAUUGAGAAUUAUAACACAGGACUUGGCACCAAGAAUUCAAAGAGACAUGCAACGAAACAACAAGAGAUUUGCCACGACACUCACAUUGAAAUACUGUCAUGGAGGAUAUUUUGACAAAUUUCACUCCAAGAGCUGUAGAAUUGACAGCAAGUGUUACUAUUCUUCAGCCAAUAAUGUCACAGCAUCUUCUCAUCAAACUGAAAAUACCAUUCAUUCAAGAGCCAUGUUGUUAUUUAAGGAAACUGUACCAUUACCGUUCAAACUGCAAAGAAUUGCAGUGAAUGUUUCAGAUUUUCAGCAAAAUCACCAGACCAGUACUGGUGUAACUUCCUCUCAGAAAAGAUCACUGCCAAGCAGCAAUAGUGGACAACAAUCCAUUACUGCAUUUCUCACAAAGAAGGUGAAACAGUAA